AUGCCGUGGACGGUCACAAACUCAUUCAAAAGAAUCAGGGGCCUCAUGAAAACAUACGGGAGACAGGUCCGUCGUGUUCACGAUGAAGACACAUAUCAUGCUUCGAAAAAACGACGCGUAGAAGCCGCCGACGAUUCAGAGGAUGCCGAGGCAAACCUGCGAUAUGCCAUUCGCGAGUCGUCGGUCGCGGUGGCUGUGUCCAGCCCAUCGCGACGCAACUCGGUCAUCUUCUCGGAAGCGACACAAGAAGAGCUAGACGACCUGUCCACGCCGCCCUCGUCGCCGCCACCCCGUCUGACCCCGCCUCCCGUCAACACCCGGAAGCCGACGUUCUCGUUUUUGAAGCGCAAGAAAUCAUGCGCCACCAGCACCAAAGAAUCCGCGAAUGGAACUCCCUUGACGGAGGUGAAUUCCAACAGCGUUCGUUCGGGGACCGAUCACCAGUCCAACAAGAAGAGCCAACAGCAGCCUCCCGUGCUGAAACAGCUACAGAUCGAUGCCGGCAUCAAUGUGCGACGCAGUUGCAGUCUCUGCGGUAUGGAAUAUGUUCCGUCCAAUGCCGAAGACGCCGAUCUGCACGACAAGUUCCAUUCCAUGAAUGCCGUUGGUAUCGACUUGGGCAAAGCGUUUGUCAAGGCAAACGCGUCGCGUUGGGUCUACGAAGCGGCGCGGUGUAAGGAAGGCUAUGUGGUGAUUGUCGAUCGCAAAGGCUCGCCAGCGGCAAGGAAUCAAGCGAAAAAGGUGCUUGAUGUGGUCAAUCGGGAGCUAUCGUCGCCGCCAAUCGACGACGCGACUUUAUGGAGCCAAGUUGAGCCACCAAAACGCCUGCGCAAGAACGGGAAGAAGGAAGAGACCGACCGUUAUAAGGUUUUCCUUCACAUGAAAGACAGCAAAUGCAUGGGACUGUGCCUCGCGGAGCGAAUAUGGGAAGCACAGCCCGUCAAGAUGGAUAAUGCGGCAACUGGCAGCGGUGGCAAUGAUGAACACCAGCAUCAAAGUUCCUCGAUCAGCGUACACAAUACCUUUGACCCGGCCAUUGUAGGCGUUUCGCGCAUUUGGACUUGUGGCUCUGCCAGACGGCGAGGCAUUGCCAUGGAUCUUCUAGACUGUGUCGUCAGCAGUUUCAUUUAUGGACUUGACAUCCCAAAGGAGCAGAUCGCCUUCACGCAACCAACAGAGAGCGGGACACGCCUGGCUGGAUGCUUCUUUGGUGCUGGAGAGCCCUGGCACCGGAGCUCCCAUGCAGGCUGCCACUUACCUCGGAGGCUUAACAAAAACCAACACCACCACGCUGCAACUUUUUCCUUCUUCACACACAAACACACUUCCCUCUCUUCUUCGACCCUCUUGAUGCUUGAAGUUACAGUGUCCUCCGUGCCUCAAUCCUCCUCUCAAUCCAAAAUAGUUCGCAUUGCAACGCCGCCUCUGCCCUCUUCUCCGCCUUCCGACUCGACAUCAAAUUUCCCCGCAGUGUCCUUUACGGGGAUCGGGAGGACACACCACAGAGGCUCACCAUCACCGGAAAAUAGCGACAGCAGCAUAUUGUCGGAUCUACCUGGACCGAGUCGUUUUGAUCCGCUUUCAUCCGACCAUGUCGUGACCGAGAAGGACAACAGUUAUCGUCACCGCCAGUCCAUUGCCGACACGAGGAGCCCCGCGGAUGCAGCAGGGGCUUUGCCAUCGCCACCUUCUGAACGACUCUCUUAUAGCCGGUCUGUAAUGAGCGAACCAAGAAGAUUGAAUGGGAAGUCAAAUAAUGACGACAACAACAACAAUACGCUUGACGUCGAUGCGUUUACGAGAUUACUCUUAACGGGCAGUGCGCAAGCUGCGUCAAAUACCACAUCCAGAGCUACUACCAAUCCAGAUACAGCUUCGGAUCCGGUCACACGCGCACAGUCGGAUGUUUCUGGCGUUGAUAGUAAGCCCAAUAGCAGUACCGAGCCGAACACUUUGCGACAAAUUGGGGUUGAUGAUAUCGCAGGGAUGACUAGGGCCUCUACGCUUCCUGUUAUGACAGGAUCAAACGAGAUUCUGAGGUCAUCAAGUACUAGAAGACCAAAACCACCACCGCCCAGAUCUCAUCAUGGGAAACCUAUCAAGCCCGGGGAUUCGGCUCCGCUUUCGAGCAAGAUUAGUGAACGCGACACGCCCAACUUCAUGUCGGUGCAGUUUCGGACGCCGCCGCCUGCGAAUCAUCGAGAGUCACUAUCUUCUUUGGGUCGUACAUCAUCACCUACCUUUUCAGAAACUGAUACAGCAGAUGAUGCCUCCUCCCUGCGCAGAACUCCUUCUCAGUCGAAAAGACCACCCACGCCACCCAUCGCGCGACGCCGCAGUCAAAUGAUAAAACAAUCCACUUUAGACAGGCCCAAUCGUUUAUCAAUGCCACCCAAAUCUCUCGGAUCUCAACUCUCUGGACCUCUGAGUCCCGGGAUUGGAGCCAAGACACCUCCUCGACCGCCAUCCCGACGUCACGAUAAAGCGGUGGCCGCAGAAUCUGUCUCACAACCCAAGUCCUCACUAUCGCAAGGUGAACUCACACCACCAGUCAGCCUCUCGAUGGAUGAACAAGCUAGCACUGCGUCAUUAUCUCCACCCUCACGGCGGUCAUCGGUCAAACAGAAUCCAGCAGGUUCGACGACGACGACGACGGAAAGUGGAACGCUUAUGCCACCACCUCCGCCGCCUCCUCGACGUCUUCGGGCUUCCAGCAAGGGCAGCAAUAGUAGUGCGCAAGCGACUGCUCUCGUCGCUGGUAUUCCCGCUGAGAAGGCUGGUGUGGAUGAUAAUGAGACAAAUACUGAGCCGCCCUCAUCAUCCAACAUGCAGGACAUUCUCGCCGAUCUCUCGAGGCUUCAACAAGAAGUCGACGAUCUCCGUGUUCAUUAUGAGGGUCGGAGGGUUAGUCAAUGA